AUGGACAUGCUAGCAACUAGAGCGACCUGGUUGGCCAUAGCUAUCUUCUUCAUAACUGCUGUAGCCACGAAGAUUUCAAGAUGGAAAAGCAAUGUCCAUCUGUGCCCCACAAGACCACUUCCACCUGUCGUGAAUGUCCUUGCUCUCUUACCUUCAUUUUUUAACAAGGGUUUUGGGGUUACAAUCGCUGAUCUGCACACAAGACUUGGCAGUGUGUUUACAAUAAAUUUGUUUGGGCCAAAGAUAACCUUGUUGGUUGGACCUGAUAUCUCAGCUCAUUUCUUCCAAGGGUUGGAGUCGGAGAUUAGCUUUGGAAAUUUCGCUGAGGUUACCGUUCCCAUAUUUGGCCAAGAAGUUUUGUAUGGUGUAGAUAUGGCUACUCGCAGUGAGCAAAUACACUUCAUCGUUGAUGUACUAAAGCCAUCCAAGCUGCGGAGCCUCGUUGAUCCCAUAUUGCAAGAAGUAGAGGCCUACUUUGCAAGCUGGGGACAAGAGGGCAUAGUUGAUCUUAAACAUGAACUCGAGCAGGUGCUCAUGUUUAUCUCAAGUCGGUGCCUACUCGGAUAUGAGGUUCGUGAGAUGAUGCUGGAAGAAGUUUCAUCAUUGUUUCAUGAACUUGAGAAUGGCUUAAACUUUUUUAGUUUCUUGUUCCCCUAUAUUCCAACCUCGACAAACCGCCGACGCGACAAGGCGCAUAUCAGGCUUAAAGAAAUAUUCACUACAACUAUCAGGUCACGCAGGAGCUCCGGCCGAGUUCAGGAGGAUGCACUGCAGAGGUUGAUGAAUUCCAAAUAUAAAGACGGUCGCUCUGCAUCCGAAGCCGAAAUUUGCGGCAUGAUCAUAGCACUCAUAUUUGCUGGAAAGCACCCAAGCUCCAGCACUAGUAUAUGGACUGGAGCUUUCAUGUUGAGCAACACCAAAUUCUUAAUAGCUGCCGUGGAGGAGCAAAAGCAUAUAAUUAGCAAGUACAAGAACCAAAUAGGCUAUGAUGCAUUUUUAGAGAUGGAUACCUUGCAUAGAUGCAUCAAGGAGGCACUUCGGAUGCAUACACCAGUGCAAAUGUUAGCUCGCAAGGCACAUAAGAAAUUCAAGGUGCAGACCAAGGAAGGCAAGGAAUAUGACAUACCUGAAGGGCAUAACAUUGUAAUCCCUACAGCACUCAACAAUAAGCUGUCACAUGUUUACAAUGACCCUCAUGCGUACGAUCCAGAUCGGUUUGGUCCUGGAAGAGAGGAGGACAGAGUUGGCGGCAAGUACUCUUUCACAACAUUUGGUGGUGGAAGGCAUGUUUGUUCUGGCAUGGCCUUGGCUUACCUGCAAAUUAAGGUCAUAUGGAGCCAUCUAUUAAGAAACUUUGAGUUCAAGCUAAUAUCUCCAUUCCCUAAGGUGGAUGUGAGCAAGGUGGGUCAAGAGCCUAAAGGAAAAGUAAUGAUAAGUUAUAACAGACGCCAGCUAUAG